AUGGCCAGUGAGAAGGGACGCGUGGAAAUCCCCAUGGUUAUGUAUGAGCCACACCAUGAAGCCUACAGGAUAGAGCCCUCUGCACCAGAGUACUGUGGCCAAGAUGGGGGUUAUGAGUACCCUUCUCCUCCACCUUACUCCUAUCGAGAAACAACCACCAUUGAGCAACCAGUUUAUUUGGUGUCCCAGCCUCCAAUCGUCGUAGCAGGAAUCUUCUCGAGCAAACCGACAUCCACAAUAUGCCCUUCCUGCCGCCAGCACAUCACCACAAAGGUCAUCUACAGACUGGGGAAACUCUCCUACCUUCUGUGCACUAGCUUGUGUAUGGUUGGGUGCUGUUUUGGAUGCUGCUUUGUACCUCUGUUCAUAAAGCUCUUCAAGGAUGCAGACCACUACUGCCCAUACUGUCAAUUUCAUAUUUACAGAUACAAAAGACUAUAG